UCAGUCAGAUGACGUUUCUCUCAACCAGCUGUUUUUUUUUAUUACAAGUAGAAACAUGAAUACAUAUUUUUGUCUCUAUCACACAACGCAUAUUUUUGUUGUGUUGUUUUUAUUCUUACCACAUUAACCUAAUGUUAGAAAAGGAUAGAGGAUAUUUUUCCAGCCGAGUCCGAGUACAGCCGAAUUCAGUCGACUUCAAGGUUGACACGGCCAAUCAGCCGACAGUUUGCGAAUUUUACACGCGAAAUUGACCAAUAGAAAGUUGAAGUAAAUAGUGUGAAGUUCGUGCGAAUAAUUCCGGAAACCUGUGACAAGACGAGCCAGCAAAAUGAAGCGAGUUUUUCUUUAUCUCGCAAAAAUGGCUGACGCGUCGUCGGCGUUGCGCGCUAAGAAAAUUCCUGAUAGUUUGUACGAGUUGUGUAUUCAUAACGUGGUAAAAUGUUAUAAUAAAAGUAAUAAGUGUUAUCGAGAUGAGUUACGUUCGCUGCCAGAUACCAUACUUAUGGAUGUUUACUUUAAGAUGUACCUGGAGAAGAAGCUGUGCAUCCUGGGCGUGGAGCUGUCCUCCCUGGACACCAUCGAGCGCCUGCUCCGCUUCACGGGCUCGCAGCUGAGGCUGCUGCAGUGCUUCCAGGCGGUGAUCGAGCACGGCUCGAAGCUGUCCACGGAACUGGCCACCAUCUACACCAGCCGGUGCGACGCCGGCAAGCACAAAGUGGAGCACCUCAUCAACUUGGGCCUGAGACUCGGCGGGUUCCUGAACGAAGCCGGCUGGUAUGCGGAUGCCGAGCGUGUGUUACAGCGAUGUCGCGAGGUGUGCCAGGCGCAGCCACAGAGCACCUACUACAAACGGCUCACUCUUGAGUGCUGUCACAGGUUACUGAACACACAGUCGUCUUACUGCUGCUUCCCCGCGGCGGCGGAGACCUAUGCCUUGUCCCUCCAACUGCUGGGCUGCAGCGACUCGCGGGACGAGGCCAAGGGCGGCUACGACGAGGCGGCGCCGCACGCGCGCGCGCCCAGUCGCGACCAGGCCUGCCAGACCGACCCACAGAUGUAUGAAGACUACAUCACCAGCUUAGAGAAUCCCCCGCCGGACGACGCUGAAGAGGUGGAGGGCGGGUUCAACGUGCAGCACCAAGCCGUGUGGGGCAUGGGGGCGCUGGCGCCGCGCGUGCUGAAGGAGUUCAGCGCGCUCAUGUUCGUGCGCUGCGACUACAGCGCCGCGCACCGCUGGAGCCUGCGCGCGCAGCGGCUGCUGGCGAGGCACACGCCCGUGCGGAUCACAGUAGAAGUAGUACGAGCUUGCGGUAAAGCGUGCGUUGUGAAGCGGCUGUUUAGUGCCGCGGGCGUGGCGGUGCGACACGCGGUCGGCCUGGCGCGCGCCGCGUGGGGGGCGCAGCACCCGCGGUACGCCGGAGCCCUACUGGACUAUGGGUUCUACCUGCUCAAUAUCGACUCUAUUACGCACAGUGUUGCUGUUUAUGAGGAGGCGCUGGGCACGCUUCGCAGCGUGUUUGGGUCUCGCAGCCUGCACGUGGCAACGGCUCAAGAGGACCUGGCGUACGCGCUGUACGUGCUGGAAUACUCCUCCGGCCGCUUCUACAAGGCGCGCGACCACGCUGAGCGCGCCAUACACAUCAUCGAGAACCUGGUGCCCCCCGACCACCUGCUGCUGGCUUCAGCGAAGCGCGUGAAGGCGCUGAUUCUGGAGGAGAUUGCACUCGACACGCCCGCCGGGCAGGACCUCAGCGAGCCGAGCCUGCUGGAGGAGUCGGAGGCGCUGCACAAGGCGGCGCUGCGGCUGUCCAUGAUGGCCUUCGGCGAGAACAACGUGCAGACCGCCAAGCACUACGGCAACCUCGGCCGUCUCUACCAGAGCAUGCAGAAGUUCCAGGACGCGGAGACGAUGCACCUGAAAGCCAUCGCCAUCAAGGAGGAGCUCCUCGGGCCGGAGGACUACGAGGUGGGGCUCAGCAUCGGGCACCUGGCCUCGCUCUACAACUACCACAUGAACAUGCACGUCGCCGCCGAGACACUCUACCUGCGAUCCAUCGCCAUCAGCCUGAAGCUGUUCGGCGAGCGGUACUCCGGGCUGGAGUACGACUACCGCGGGCUCGUCAACGUGUUCACGCAGCUCAAGCGCCACGAGCGCGCCGCGCACUACAGCCGCCUGCUGCAGCGCUGGCACGAACUCCGUGAGCAAUCCAAAGCGGAGCAGCAGCAGCCGGCGCUCGGCAACGAGCAGAUCGUGCCGCUGUCGCUGCUGCGAGAGAAACUCUUCGGCGCCAACGACUGAGCGGACCGCAGCGGAGCGGAGCGGACCGGAGCGUAGCGGACAUGGGGCUUGACAUCGGGGGGACCGUUCUUGGAACUUCGUCUAAAGCCCGUUCUGUGAGCACGUAGAAUUAUGUCCAAUGACCCCAAGCUACCCAUCCUUAUCGCUCGCGCGUAAUUAAGUUGCUGUCGCGCUCGCACACUCACUGCGGGCGCCCGUCGCACAGUAAUAUAAUUACGUGGGUAGCUUGUGGUCAUUGGACAAAAUUCUACGUGCUCACAGACCAGAUUAUAACUAAUCAUUUAAAUUUUGGAAAACUAGAUUGACAUUCUAAAUUAUUUCUUGAAAGGUCUAAGUCCAAGGGCUAUUCGAUUGAAAAUUCUAAGGCUUUCAAAGUUUUUUCGAAUUGUAAAUACUUGUACUUUUACAUAAAAUAAUCUAAUUUUUGCAAUCUCUUUUAUUGAUAAUCGAUUGUUUCUGAAGGCCUUUUUUCGCUGGAAGUUAUGAACUUCCCCCAACGACAGAUCUCUUAAAGUUCACUCUGUAUAGCGCAAUUACAAAAUUGUCUUGUAUAUUUCAAAAAUUAUUCAUGGUAGAAAAUAGGGUAGUUGGCGGUCUAGUCGAUUGAGAUUUCAAGGAGUAUCAAAAUGCGAUCUCUUGAUAGUAAUGAAAUUAUAAAAUAUCUUGUAUUAUAAAAUUAUUAAUUGUAUGUUGCCAUACAUAAAACGUAGGGACCGAAAGUUAUUAUCAUGAUAAAUGAAGCUCACUUUACUUCGAAAAAUAACUGUUGUUGUCAACUACCCUACGAAAGAAUUUUAUUCUAGCGGGAUUUAAUUAAAGGCUUUGUCUUCAAAUAUACCUAAAUCAGAUUGUGCAUCAAAUAUGAGAGAACUAUGCGCAAAUUGUAUAGUUUAAUCUUAUACUGUGUAAUAUAAUCGAUGUUAACAGAGCACAAAUUAGAAUCGAUAAUGUAAGUCUUCUACUAGCAUACAUUAAACAAUAUUGUUUGUAUUAGACCGUUUCAAACGUAAUUUAUCAUGUUUUUAUCUAUUGAAGAUUCUGUGGAAAAAUAUAAAUCAUUUAGAGGGCGAGAAAGUGCUUGAAUUACAAAUUAAACUCGCACAGCAAAAGAUGUGUAAUACAUGAAAUCAAAAUCUUAUAUUUAACGUACAUUUUUUAAUAUAGUUCAAACUUUUACGAUUAAGUCCUGUAGAAUGGUACCGAAUUCUUUUUAUCCGUAUGAAAGGUGUCCCUGUCCCAUUUAGGACUUGUCUAACGAUUACAAUUCGAUCAUAAUAAUAUAUCCGCGAUCGAACCUUCAUAGUAUGUUCCUUAGCGUUACUUAUGAUGUGUACUUUGUAUAAAAUUAUUAGUUUUAAUGUUUUCGUUGCAGACGUAGCGAAGUUAUCGUGUGAUGUGAUGCGGCAAUUCGUGUACAUAUUUAUAAAUUGUUUGCCAAUGUUGCCACUAUUCUUUGUGACCAAUGAGGGCUAUCGUUUUUGCGCUCACCAGUUGGCGCCACUGUUGAGUAAGGUCUUGUCACUUGCUAGUAGCGAAGACAGUGGCGCCAACUUGUGAGCGCUAAAGUGGUAGGAGGACUAUCGCAUUUGCACUCAUCAAGAUGGCGCCACUGUAGAGUAAGGUCCUGUCAAUCGCCAGGGGUGCCAACUGUUAAGUAUAAAUACGAUAGCCCUCAUUCUGAUGAUUAUUAUUUAGCUACUCAUAAUAAUGUUGGUACAUUUGAUGUACGCGGGGCCUUCUGUGCGGAAGUCGUCUGAGAGACUUGACAAGUGUUCAGAAACUCAACGGCACUUUUUAAGCAGGUAGUUAACAAAAGGUGGUGUUAGAUCUAAGUAGAAGGGCAUGCAUGACCAUGAUAUCUGAAGUCUGUAAGUCCCUAAUUUAAUGAGCCUAAAGAAAAAAUUAACCAAGGUUUUGUUAACUCCUGUGAACACUGCUGAUGUACCACAGACGGUGCCCCAUCGAACUUACUACUGCCUUUACAUCUUAAAAAUAUAUUUAAUCAUAAUAAACCAAAUGUGUGUAUAAAACAGAAAAAUAAUUAAAAACAUAUCGUCUAUUUACUUUGCAAAUAACAUCGCUUUGAAUGUCGUAGAAGAUUGUACUCGUAAGAUACGGAUGCGCGCACGCAGCGCGUUGUGCAGGUUUAUUUACUUUGUAUUUACUCCGGAUUAUUAUACUGUUGACUAAGAUUGGCUGUUACGUGCGGUGGCCGACAACCGGCCACCACGAAGAUGUGAAUAUAUAAGUUUAUGAUGAAGCAAUGCAUUUGAUUUCACACAAAACAAAUUUGGAAAAGGUAUUUAAUAAAACGCAACAUUACUAUUUCUUAUUUAUUGUGAUGUAAGAAAAUAAAAAUUAAAGCUAAACUUAAACAAGGGGAAUGUUAUAUUAUGGCUCUCAGUCAGGAUGUAAUUUUAAUAAAAUUCUAAAAACAAUCAACAUCAAUAAAAUUUUAAUAUUAUCAAUUGACAAAUAAUACAAUCUCAAGGCACUGCAUGAAGGCAAAAGCUCUAUAUUACAGGCUAUAUUUGAUACAGUCUAUAAUACUUCAUAUUUCUGCAACUGUCUAUCACUUGAAAACUAUGUACUCUUACAUCUACACGUAUACACCUACGCGACACGAGCACAGUAAGCGUAUUCGAGAUACAGCUUGAGAAAUCAACAAUAGAAACAAUAUCCAAUAAAUAAAUUAGUAAUAAUACUUCCCAAUCAGAUUCAAUUAUUUAACGUAGCAACUACAUUAUAACCAAAUUACAAUAUGAGUAACACCUGUUUCAACAGAAAACAGACAUAAUA